UUCCCGCUACUCGUUAAGUUCUAAAUCGAAUACCAAAAUAUAAUAUUAGAUAUAUUAUUAUAUGUGUAUGUUGAAUUUUUUGUGAUAUAUAUAAUAUUAUGAUGACGACAAUCUCUCAUAAUAAUAUUGAAGCCUUAAAGCUGGAGCUCUUAACCAGAUACCUCCUCGAAGAUCUCACUUCUCCAGACACUAAACCCAUUUGGAGCCCCGACUCCCCCUCUUCCGGGUCGGACUUUUGCUCCGAACCGAGCCAACCCGACUCGCCGAUUUCCCGUUACUUCAGUUCCAGCCCUGACUUGUUCGAGUUCGAAACGAAGCCCGAAAUCAUCAACUUGAGCCCGCACCCGGCAUCCAUGAAACCCGUGAAGCCCGAAUUACCCGUAUGUAGUGACGACCUGAUGAUAACCGGGUCGGGUAUUUCGACGUCGUCGGUGGUGGCCAGGCGGCGCUACAGGGGUGUUCGGAGGAGGCCGUGGGGGAGGUACGCGGCGGAGAUUCGGGAUCCGACCCGGAAAGGGAGCCGGGUCUGGCUUGGUACUUAUGAAACCGAUGUGGAUGCAGCUAGGGCUUAUGAUUGUGCUGCCUUCGAGAUGAGGGGCACCAAAGCCAUUCUCAACUUUCCGGCGGACGCCGGAAAAUAUGCUCCGCCGGUAGCCGUCGCCGGCCGGAAAAUGGGAAGAGGUAGGAGUUACAAGGUUGUGCAACCCUCAUGUAUACGUAACCACUAAUUAAGUCAAGGGGGUGUAUGAAUUAUAGAAUUAGAGAUAGCUAAUCCAGUAUUUGCACGUGAUUAAUUAUGACUUCAUAAGCAUAUGUACGUACGAAUUUAUAUAUAAUUGUGGGUUCUUUAUUAGAAAAAAAAAUAUAUAGAUAUAUAUAUACACACACAAGCUUGUGUUAUGAGUAGAUAACAUAUAGAUGUGGGAUAAAUAUCUUGGACUUGGGUGGAUUUAAUUCCAAGUCGUGUAUUUUAGACAUUUCAUAUUUGCUAUGAAGUUUUUGAUCUUUCACAAAAAAGUUAAUUAGUUUGUGAGAAUGUUAUAUGCUACAUCUGAUUAUUUAUAUUGGAUGAUUGUUAAUC